CCGUGGCUGGUGAAGGUUGGUGUAGCGGCCGCCAGGUGUCGUGACGCAGUGUAAACACUAGCCACCAGCUGGCAGUCACUGGGACGAUGCCAUGGAGGGAAUUCUUUUUAAAUGGACGAAUUACUGGAAUGGAUGGCAGCCAAGAUGGUUUAUCUUAGAUCAAGGAGUUCUUGCAUAUUACAAAUCACAGGAGGAGGUAAACCAGGGUUCCAAAGGAUCUGUAAAGCUCUCAGCAUGUGAAAUUUUAGUACACCCAACUGAUACAAUGAGAAUAGAUAUUGUGAUUCCUUAUGAGCAGCACUUUUAUCUCAAAGCCCCAUCCCCACAUGAGCGCCAUGCUUGGCUUGUUGCCCUUGGCAGUGCAAAGGCUGGUAUACCCCCUGCAAUACCUCAACAAAAAAUUGAAAAAGAGCAAGAACCAGAUACUGUAAAAGCCAAGAAGUCUGAAUUACGACUAACAUGUGAUCUUCUGAUGAAACAGGUCUACAGUGUUAAAACUGCAGCAAAUAACCCUGAUGGUCCAGAUCUUGAGAAACUAGAUGAAUCUACAACUCUACUGUCAGCUACAUGUGAUAACUUCAUACAUACACUAGAGGAAUGCAUGAAAAUGUCCAACACUUCACCCACACCACAGCUGUCUGGAGACACACUCAUGCCCCCAAUCAUCCUCCUUAAGGAAAGAAAAAGCUCCAGCAUUUCCGCAUCAAUAGCCACACGACAAAACUCUAUUGAGAGAAGGACAGAAUGAUGACGAGGAUGUGAUAUGCGAAGAUAUUCAGAGCUUUCUAUGUACAAUCCUGUUCAGACCAAGAAACAUGAAAUGUCUACUAUUUCCAAAUGGAUCACAUCUGCAUUUAUGAAUUUGGAGGUUUCCAUGAGGCAGUCACAUUCUAAAUAUCAUGUUUUAAAGAAAUGUGGGAACUUCACAAAAAAAGCUUGUAUGGCUUUAAUUUGAAAAUUGCCAUCUCAACAUUAUUGACUAUUGUAGAAAAUGUGAAAGCAUUCUAUAAUACAGUAAUUACCUUUGACAAGGAAAAAAAAUCUUUUAUUUUUCUCUCAAAUAAUAUAAUUUUAUUUCUCCUAAAAUGUACAUUAGUUACAAUAGAUGGUUAACAGUAAAUAGUAAACUUUACAAAGAAAGCUCAUAGAGCACACACAGCAUUUCGAGCACACUCUUGCCAUAGGCUCAAUGCUUGUUCCCAGAAUACACUUGGCCUGCCAGUCAGAUAAAAUGCAAGCACUAAUUGCUAGAAAUUCUUUUCCCUAUAAUAAGCAGUGGUUACUCUGCCACACUUGCUAAUGACCAGUGGAAUGAGAGCAUGUCAUUAUUCUUACUAGGCAGCCCCGUGAUCCCACCCAACGGAGCUUUCAUACAUGGCCGCAGAUUAAAAGAGGAUGGGGGGGGGGGGGGUGAGGGAAGUUCACUGGAUCCAUGGCUGCAUAAAAAAUGUUUUCCCAUCAUCAUAGGUAAGUAUUCCAUUCCUUGUUAAAUCUGAUGGCUCUCCAAAAUAAUUCUAAUAUCCAGAUUUGGAAAUCUGGAUAAUAUUGGAAUUAUAGGACCGCAAAUAGCAAAUCACCCAUAAAAUAAGAGGGCGGCACACGAAAUUAAUGUGUGAUCCAGAACUUUAAAAGCUUGAUUGGGCAUAAUGAGGCAUUUUAUAAGGCUAAUAUUUUUUUAGUGGCAAUUAAAUCAGAGUGCCAAAACCCAUGAGUACUAAGUUAAAGUGUGAGAUAUGCUCUACAAUUGAGUGAUUAACGUAUUGAAAACCACACAUUUGACAGGGAAAUCCAAGCUUAAUCCCCUCACUCCACUUCUCUUAGUCAAUAUUAAGAUACAUUUGGCUUCUAUACCCCAUGAACAUUCAGGAGUUAAUGACAAACUUGUAUUUAACUCUGCUGUAUUGUAUGUGAGUGGAUGGACAAUGUAUGUAUUCUGGAAGGCAGACAAUGGUUGUCAAAAAAAAAAAAAAAAAUAUGAUUAAACACAGUACUAAUGAUCUUUUUUCAUGUCUAAUUCCCUGUAUUUUCAUUGUUUCUAUUAUCUAAUAAUAAGACUUACCAGUAGUUCAUCUUCAUUAGUUUAAAAUUGAGGUUGUGAUGAAUCAAUUUAAAACAACUAUAUUUUGACAUAAGGAAUUCAUGUGAUGGGUCACUGGAUGCAGUAUAAUAAAUGACUGAAAAAUAUCUUUUGGCUUGGAGUGUAUUUAAAGGCAAAUCUUAAAUAUAUUAAGAAAUCCUUGUAAUUAAUGUGCCUAUUUAUGAAUAUACAGUAUAACCUUGAAGUGAUCUAUUCUUUCUAUUACUGUAGUUACCAUGCUUAGUGAAAAUAUAAAGCAGCUUCCAGUAAAAGGAAAUAUCUAUAUUCUUAAAUCUUAUAUAGAAAAAUUAAGCCUCCACAGUUCUAAACAUUAAACUAUUUCAUGCAUAAAGAUGCAGCGCAUUAAAUAAUGAAAUGCUGUGUUACUUUCAAGGUAGAAAUGUAACUAAUUAGUACUUUUUUCUAAAUCUUUUUGUUAAUCAGUGCUCUUGCUUUUUAUAAGUGGUUUUGGAAGGAUUAAAUUUUGAAUAGAGUACAACAUUAAGCUUACCUGAUUUUGCAUUUAGAUGUGCUUAAUAACAUUAACCAUAAUCAGUACUAUUGUACUAUUAUCCAGGCUUUUAUUUUUCCUGCUGCUAAUAAUAUAAGAAGAAAAUUUUACAUGUGGUUGUCUUUCAUGAAAAGUAAAUUUACUUAUAAAAAAUACUUAUGGAUGGUAUAGUACCAUUUGUAUCUAAUACGAAAAUAAUUUGUUGAUACUCUACAUCCAUUAUUAUUUGCUAGUUUUCUAUAAUUACUCUUUGUAAAAAUAAUCUGUAUACUGUGGAUGUACACAGAAACACAUGGACUGUAAAAUAAAUAAUGUAGUGUUAUCAUGAAGUACAUACUGAGUAAUGUGUUCACCAUGUAUGAACCUUUAUGCAUCUUUCAGGCUUUCAGAUAUCCACUAGGAAAUGGAUAAAUAUAGAAGGUAUUGUUUAUAAAAUUAGUUGUCUGUAUUACUAGUUUUGUGACAAAAUUACUAUUCAGUAAACCCUCAAUAAAAUGGACCUCUAUACAGCAGAUAUCGGCUAAAAUAGACAAAAAUUCUGGCCAAAUAAAGGCUUAAUGGGGUGUCUGAUUAAAAUAGCCAUGAAGCGAACCAAAUCCGCUAUAUUGCGAGGCUGUCCAGUCCUGUUAUACCCUCGUUAAAGUGGACCAACUCCAUUUAAUCACAAGUUUGUCUGGUCUGGGCUUCAUUCUGUGUAUGUCUAUUUUCAUUGUUUCUGGGCAGUGGAGCCAGUGACUUGGCCUGCAUCAGUUUGUUAUUGUCUGCUUGCAUUCUCAAAUACGUACCAUUAUCAGUUCUCUCCAGUUUUCCUUUGAUUUAGUGUGUUUUCCAUUACAGUGCCAUGCACAGUGUUAUUACAAUAGCCUCUAAAGCAGGUGAUAAUGAUACAAAGUGUGUGACAUUGACUGUUAAGUAGAAACUUGAAUUAAGCUCAUCUAUCCUCCAGAAAAGUAAGAAAAAUUACUGUAGUGUACUUGACAUAUACUGUGCUGUACUUUAAACUUUCUUUUCUUGUAUAGCACAGUUGUGCAGAACAGUACUGCAUUAUAAUAUACUCUAUUCUUAAUAUGUUCGGUAGUCCAUCAAUAUAGCGGACUAAGUCAGCUUCAUUUGGACACCUCUUCCCCCAAUUAGUUCAUUUUAUGGAGAGUUUGCUGUAUGUACAUAUGAAAUCCACAUAAUUUUAUAUCUGAUAUUGGUAUACAUUGCUUCAGUUUUCAUAAAUGAUGUAAGAAAAUUUGGUAAGUUUAAAAUUUCACCACAGGUUAAUAAAUAAUUUGUAUUUUGAAGUUAAUGGAUAAUGUAAUAUGAUUUGUUUAUUUAUCCCAGUGAUGUACUGUACUUCACUGUGUUACACUGACCAUAUUCAGUAUAGUACAUUAUUAUUGAGUAAUUCAUUUCAUGUUCAGUAUGUGGUUAAAUGAGCCUUCAAAUUUUUGUUUUGUUAAACUUAGUGAUACUGUACAUCAGUUUGCAGAUAAAUAAAUAAUAAUCAGACAGUUCUUAGAAUUAUUUUUAGUUAAAGUUUAUGUAUUUAUGAAUAAGGAAAGUUUAUACCAUGAAAUAUGCUAUUGAUAACUAAUAUUUGAAUAUAUUGUGUUGUUUUAUGCUAUAAAACGCUCUUAUGACUCAGACGAGUUUAUGCAGGAUUUUGAAGAUUGAGACACUUAUGCAGCAUAUGGGAAUCUUUAUUCAGGAAACGUUUCGCCACACAGUGGCUUCAUCAGUCCAAUACAAAGAGGAAGGUGUAAGGAGAGGAGGAGAAUGAGGUAAUCAGUCCCUCAACCUGGAGUCGAUGUGUUCAGUCCAUCAAUCUUGUAGAAUGUGUCUCAAUCUAAGUGUCUCAAUCUUCAACUUGUCGGUUUUUCAAACCAUUCAUCACAUGCAGGAUUUUGAAAAGCUUACCAGUUUUCGAAAGUAGUGUAUAAAUUUUGGUACAUAGAACAGGAUUUUUUAAAGCUAUAUUAGUUUGCUUUAUACUGGCAUACCGGCAUACCAUUAGUAUGUCAUUAUUUUAUUGUCUGUUUUCAGAUUUACAGAAUUGAUAAUCAAUAUUAUACAGUACCUAUUUUCAAUUUUAUACAGUGUAUUACAGAAUAUUGUGUAUGUAUGAUACAGAUGUAUAAAUACAAAAUGAUGCCAAAGGAAGAACAAUAUGUAACAGUUGUUAAAAGUAUUUUGUAAAUGUGAUAUUUAGCAUGUUUAAUUUCAAGAGUUUACAAGUGGCCAUUUUUAGGGUUUACAUUUGUAUAAAUGUGAUCAAAAUUUGUAAUCAGUGCAAAAUUUAUUAUUAGUUUUGAAUUUUUUACGGAAAAGAUAGAGGGUUUUAUAUACAGAACUGGGGAGUCAGGCUAUGUAGCUUUAGCUAUGUGCACAGGUUUCUUGACUGGUUAAUUUGUCUAUGAUUUAAUUACUGAAAUGUUAAAUCCACUUUCUACAAUUGGACCAUUUUUAAUUGCAUUUGCAUGCUUUUGAAACAGCAUAUGUAAUUUAUUAUGCAUUAAAUCUGAGGACCAUUUUAUUUUGUAGUUGUGUGGAUGCAUCACAGUGUGUGUCUUUUAAAGAUAUUGAAUAUACCAAUUACUGAACAUACUAGUAGUUAUUUUUUCAUAGUUGCUUUAUUAGUUAAGCAUAUUUAAUUGUGUUUGAUUAGAAAAAUAGUUCCACUUUGUGUUUGUGAUACAGUAUUCUAAUUUUGAAAAGUUGCAUAUAUGUUAUCAUUAAUAUAUUUAUAGUGUGUGUUAAACCCAUGGGGGUUAUACAGUGCUUGGGGUAAUGGGAGGCAUUAAGGUUCAAUCCAAGGAAGGGAAGCAUUAGGCUAAUUCCUUAGAUCAAGAUCCCCUCAUUGGCAUCAAGGAACCUCUCAUGAGGGGAUACAUGUUAUUAAAUAUGAAUUAUAUAUUAUGUGCAUAUAUAGAGUGUAUGUAUGUGUGUCAUGUUUUAGGCAGACCUUGCAAUCUUGGCUUAUAAAAUAACAAUUGUUUUGAAAAAGUAUUGUAAAUUAAUUGUUGCAAUAACUGAAAAUGAGUGAAUAUAAAAUAAUGAAUACA